GAUUGGACGGCUCCAGGCUGGAGGUGUUUGUGUUAUCACCAUGGGAGCCCGGAGCUGAGCUGUACGGUCAUUGGGCUUGGUUUUAUGAAUGCCGUAGAUAUGUCUCUGGACCUCUCCAUUACGGGACAUAGUUCCUCAUUUCCUCCAAGAAAGACCAGAAGUGCAUAUAGAUUUAAAGCUGCUAAGUCCUUUGUUGAUGAGACCCUCUUUGGCGGCUUUGGCAACAAAGUAGAUCCAGCCCUUCAGUGGACCACAGGUUCUCCAGGUCAGGUAUCUCUUUCGUGGCGUCCAGAAGAGGAAAAGGAGUCUAAAGGUCGUACCAUCAGCAGGACUAGCUGCACCCCACCAGGGACACCUCGGAGGAAAAUCCAUUAUAGGGUAAAGAGCCGCUCACCAUCAUAUUGUGAUGAGUCACUGUUUGGACCAAAAGUGGAGGAGUGUGGUUGGGAAGCGCCAUGGGUAAAGAAAGAAGAUGCUGUCCGGAUUCGCCCCCUACUCUGGAGCCCACCCCCAGUUGUGCGUCCACAGAGCUCCAAGUCAAGUACCAAACAACUUCCUCUCAAAGCUGUACACCCUCAUGAUACUGGAAGCAGAUCUUUGGAGACACAGAGGAUGAAAGAAGACUUCUGGAAACCACCGGACAGUGACUCUGAUUCUGGAGGAUGUCCCUCUGGGGCUGGCCCCCCAUCCAGUGCAACAGUUCGCUAUAGCUCAUCUGGAAAGAACCCUGUUCGAUCUGCAAGCUGCUCAGGAAGACUGACUGCGAGGAGAGGCUCUAUGACAGAACGACCACCAUGGAAAUGAUGUCGAUCCUGUAUUUAGCAGAUUGGUCUGAAAUUAUGUAUAUAGCAAGACGUAUG